AACCGUCACUUCUUCCUGACCUCUUUAGACUCUGCCGAAGCUGCUGCCAGGCCCACCAUGCACCGUGUGCUGGAGACUGCUGAGCUUGUAGGCCUCAUAUGUUCCGAGCUAUCCGCGGCCGACGACAAGAAAAGCCUCGCCCGGCUGGCGCGUACGUCCCGCGACUUCACCGAGCAGGCAUUGGACGCCCUGUGGUUCUCGCAGCACACAAUCUUCAAUCUCAUAAAGCUCCUACCAAGCGAUUUCUGGCGCCUGGAUGCAAAUUCGCGUGUGGUCUUCAGGCGUCCCCCAAACGACAACGACUUUGUAACGUUCCAUCGAUAUGUUCCACGAAUCCGUGUCCUCUCUUGUUCACUUCACUGUAUGGGGCCACAUCUGGUGUUGAUCAACCUGCGCAAUGCCCACCAGGGCUUGUGGGAAAUGUUCCGCGCUCCUAUUUUCCCCAAUCUGCGGGAGCUCGUAUGGAAUGUGCCCGAUAACGAAUGCGGGAGUCAAUGGCUUACCGUCUUCCUUGGGCCCCUCCUUCGCUCGAUUCGUAUUUCAUUUCCCGAUGCGGAUAGCGGCGCCAUCCGUGCCCUCAAUCGUUCUCCUAAUCUCGGGUCUUUGACGCAGUGUGAACUCUUUAGUGCAAGAGCUUACCCACCAGCCAUGGAACAUAUAUCGAACCUGAUCCCUCAACUUCAAGCAGCCAAGGACCUUGUUAUCGCCAAUCUCAAUGUAGCCGCGGUACAGGCACUGGGACAGCUCAAGCAUUUGGAAACACUGGACAUUUUCCUUCCGAGUGCGGCGCAUGCACCCUACAAGUCAGUCCCAGAGCACAGUUUGCCGUUUCCGCUCCUUCGACAGCUGAAGGUCUCGGUUGACAAGUCAUGUGGUGGAGAUGUUCUGCAACUACUGGAUCUGUUUCGCUCGUGGGAGGGCGGCAGCGCACCCCUGGAGGUUGUGGAAAUAACUGUCUUCGAAGAGAUACCUAGUCCAGUGGAUCUCAAGGACAUUUUCGGUCUUCUCGUUGACCGUUGCGAGCCAACCAGUCUCCAAAACGUCGAGCUACUAGUCCUGGCAGACACAACUGUCAUUCGCCAGUCCAUGGUGUCUCCCCACAUCGGCACGAGUUUGCACCCCUUACUCCGCGCAACAAAUAUCUGCCACCUCGACAUCGGGCUGCCCUUCGGAGUCGAUGUUGACGAUGUUUUCCUCGCUGAUGCCGCGCAAUCAUGGCCAUUCUUGACGUCUCUACGACUGACAUGCUCUGCGCUCGACUCGGAAACUAGUGUCAACGGAGUCCGACCACCCUCUAUACCCCCUCCCCAGUUCCCAGGCCCGCGCGCAACGCUACUUGGCCUCGACGCACUUGCGAGAAGCUGCGCUUACCUCACAGAUCUCACCCUCGCCGUAGACACCACCAUCCCCGCUCCCGAAUCGUGGCCGGACUUUGGCAUCCUCGGGUCGACCCUGCCUGCAGCAGACGGUACCGCAUGGCCCGAGCGCAAUUGCUGCCCACUGCGGUCGUUCGACACGGAAAACUCCCGCAUUGCGAACUCGCUCGCGGUUGGGUGGUUCUUGGGUGUCACGUUUCCCGAACUCCAGCGCGUCUUGACGCCGCAUAAGAUGCCCCUUGAGUUCUUCCUGACGGAGGCGGUGGCAACGGACAGCGAGCAGGAGGCGCAGAUUCGGGCACUGUAUAUGGAGUAUGGGCAUCGAUGGGAGGAGGCCAUGAAUGUGGUGUCGAGAACGGAUGAGAUCAUCGCACUGGGCAUCCACAGUUAUGCAGAACUGAAUACAAGGCUUGAAUGGGUCGUGAGCCAGCUGCAGCCAGCCGUAGCUUUCAGGCUGGCUGCUGGCGAGCCUGAGUGCCAGUAUACUUGUACGCAGAAGCCUUGA